ACGGCUGCUGAGUUGCGUUGCGAGGGAGGCAUGAAUGCACCAGUCUGAGGGGCUGGUCCCGGUCGUGCGGUUAGGGAGGUGGCGGUCUCCAGGAAGCGAAGAGGAAGUGCCCAGUCCUGGUGCCUUUCCUCAGUUCUUCUCAGACGUCAGUGUCCAGUCCUUGGAGUGUCUGUCGGUCCUUGAAUCCCGUUAGCUACCAGGCUAGGAAUGCCCACCGUAACACGGAAGAGAGGACACCUUUUGGGAUGAGAUUCCAGUUCAAGGCUUUUCCUACAAGGUUUCACUGAAGAAACAUCCUGGAGAUUCAUUGCACUUCUAAGAUUUAAUAUUUAUGACUUGGAGUUGUCAACCUACUUAAAGAUACAUUUUGGAAAUCAAAAUGAAAACUUUCUGUGAAGUUUUAGAACAAUUAUACAAGAAGGUAGUUCGUGGAGCCACACUUGAAAAUGACAGCCAUCAUUACACCUUUUAUCUGAACCCAGCAUUUUCAGAUCAAGAGUGCUCUACAACCACCUCCUUAGAAUGGACAAACACCUUUGGCCUCCAGGGCAAGCAUCAGCCAUCCUCUGUCAAGGUGGCUCCCAUUUCUGUGGUACCGGUGUGUUCGAAAAGCUCCUCUCAGAUGAGGGGUGCCACAGAAGUGAGGCUCCUUCAGUUAACAGUGAUGGACGUCAUGAUAACCAGGAUAUUGUCUGUUGAAACUGAGUUCCAUGCAAAGGAGAAAUACAGAAAUAUAAUUACAAUUCUUUUAGAAUCAGCUGAAGUGGAUGCUAAAUUAAUUUCUCUUUUCCAAAAUUUGGAUAAAUUAUUAUCUCACAUGGCUGCAAAGUGCCUUGCAUUGCUUCUAUAUUUCCAAUUGAGAGAAAAGAUAACUUUAAGUAAUUCCUGGAUUACUUUUUGCCAAAAAAGUCUUUCUGAAUACUCUGAGAGUGAUAAAAUAAUAUACUGCCUCUGGACUCUUACAGCUGUAAUAAAAGAAAUCUUUAAAGAUACAUGUUCGCAAAAAUCAGAAAUUCUAAAGCAGUUCCUGACUCCUUUUGACAUUGUUUUUGAAGUGUUUUACAAUUCCUUAUUUUCUCAGCAUUUUGAAAACUGCCAAGAUACUUCUAAAAUAAUAAACAGCUUGAUAUGUUUUCUGGAAUUGCUUGAGCUUCUUGUGGCCUCCAGAAUCUACCUGAAGUUACAUUUCACUUGCCAGAGGAUUUUAUUUUUGAAACCAUCUUGUGUGCUACAAGUUAUUACCUGGCCUGUUCAGGCUUUUGUCAAAAGAAAGGUCAUCAUGUUUAUCAAAAAGUGCCUUCUCCAUAAAGUGGGUGAAGACCUCUUUCGUGGCUCUGUGCCUGCCUUGAUGCCAGACUGUCAUUUAGAGGUGGACAUGUUGACUUUAGCCAAUGCUGUUUUGCAAGCUGUGAAUUUGGGGUUGUUAAGGACAUUGUCUAUUCGUGGAAAACUUUCCUUCUUUGGAGGUGAUGAAGUUCAGCCUGGAUGUGAACAUAUCUCUGGUCCAGAUCAUGUGAUCCUUAGAGCAGUGAGUUUAGUUAUAAUGAAAUCCUUAGAAAUCAAGUUUCAAAAUUGUCCUUCAGCAAAUGAAAUGAAAGUUGACUUACAGAGAUUCAUGUCUGAAUUACUGACCUUCUUAAAGCCUCACCUCCAGCCCUCUCUGCAAUUACACAAUCCAUGUGAAUGGCUAUCUAGGGUCUUCAUAGAACAAGAUGAUGACAUGCUGGAGGCUGCCAAAGCAUCAGUGAGCAUCUACCUAACAUUGACCAGAAAAUAUGAAGUUACUGAAAGCUUGACCCAAGAAAAAGAAAUGUGGAACCAUCACACACAUGAGAAUGGCUAUAAUCCUCACUGUAUUUUCUUAUUCUUCUUAAAAAAUAUAGGAUUUGAUUCUACAGUUCUUCUUGACUUUUUGAUUUCAUCAGAAACCUGUUUUCUUGAAUAUUUCGUUAGAUACUUAAAAUUACUGCAAAAAGACUGGAAUAAUUUUUUUACUAUUUGCAAGUACUUUGAUGCAACUGAAUCUAAAUAUGACAUAAAUAUCUGUAAUUGUGUCUCCUCACUUGUCCAAGACAGAAGCACCAACCAAACAGCACCUCAUUGCUUGACUGUUCUUGAGAAUCAUGUACAUACUUAUGCUUGGGACUCUUGGGCUUCUGAUGCUUCUUUUGAAUCACUGAGCCAGGUUGUGAUGCCCAAAGAGACCCACAUUACGCAGGUUCAUAGUCUGUCUUCUCCCCAGGCUUCCCAAAGUCUGGUAGAUUAUGACAGCUCUGAUAAUUCUGAAGUGGACCCCACAGACCAAUGUUUAGCUAACAGUAAACAGACAUCUUUACACCAAGAUGCAAUUAAGAAAACUCAGGAUGCAGCUGGGACAAGUAGAGAUAAAAAAGAACUUAGCCUAGACCCUCAAUCAAGGUCUCUGGUUCCAAAUGAAUUUAAUACUUCCUUCUCGGUUGAUUGUGAAGUGACACCAAGUAAAACUGUCUCAGAAGUGGGAAUAUCUUACAGAACAGUAAAAUGCUUCAAAGAGCUACAAGUUGCCAUUUACCGUUUACAAAAGAAAAAUCUGUUCCCAUAUAAUCCAACUGCACUUUUGAAAUUGUUAAAAUAUGUAGAGGUAAUAUGUAAUAAAAGUAGGGGCCCUUGGUAAAAC